AUGUCCAGUGAGGUUCUCGCGGCAUCUGCUCACGCGAUAGAGCCCGAUACACUCAACAUGGUCGCCCCUCUGACCGUCUCUGACGUGUCGGACGCUACCGAGGAAGAGGCAAGCGACGCGGAGGAAGACGACGGUGAGGAAGAAGACGCGGAGGAAGACGACGGGGAAGACGACGAUGGGGAAGAAGACGAUGGGGAAGAAGACGAGGGGGAAGAAGACGGUGGGGAAGAAGACGAUGGGGAAGAAGACGAGUCAAUGGAUGAGAACGUGGCGCCAGAGGGGAUGCCUCGUUUGUACAUGUGGGAUUUUGGGCAGUGCGAUGCUCGUCGGUGCAGUGGACGUAAGUUGAAGCGGCACGGGAAGGUGAAGGAGUUGAGACGUUCGCAGCCGUUCCGUGGAGUGAUUUUGGCUGCGCAAGCGACCCGUACAUUGAGUUUGGCGGACGCGGAUAUCGUGCGGCGUAAGGGUGUGUGUGUGAUCGAUUGUAGUUGGAACAAGAUCAGUGAGGUCCCGAUCAAGCGCCUGUUGGCGGCGGGUGAGCCACGCAAGUUGCCCUACAUGGUCGCUGCGAAUCCGUGUCAUUACGGUCGCCCUUUCGAACUCAAUUGCGCCGAAGCUCUUGCUGCCACACUCUUCAUCACCGGGUUCUAUCCCCACUCUGCCUGGAUCCUGCGCAGCUUCAAAUGGGGACACUCCUUCUUCCAAGCCAACGAACGAGCACUUGACAUCUACGCUGAAUGCGCCACCGAAAAAGACGUGCUUGAACAACAAGACAAAAUAGCCAACUCCAAGAAGACCCGACGAGCUGCAUACCAAUCUAGGUAA